AUGACGGUGAUGCUGUCACCGUUGGCGUUGAACACCGCCAUCUGCAACCAACACAAAAAGACACACCCUCCUUUCCUUUCGAUUGAUCGACACUUUGACAUUGUAUCCUACAUCCGCAACCGAAUGACCAUGGCGAAGAGUCUUCACUUCUGCGCCCUGUUGGUGCUCUUGUGCAGCAGUCAGGGAACAAUGGGCUUUCAACCGAUCCAGCCAAAGCAAACAGUGUCUCCUCUACAGAUGGAAGCCGAUAACUUUGUGGCUCCCAACUCGAGUCCCUACGAGAAUUCCGAUGUACCCGGUCUGAUGUUGGGUUGGGACUGGUGGGAUCAGCCAAUGGAUCGAGAAAGAGAUCCACCUUCGGUUUGGCAGCGAUUGAAAGAAGGUGGAAACUUUCAGCCUCCCGUCAAGCCCAACGCCUACGUCUCGCCGUACAAUUGGGACAACUAA